GUUAGCCCUAUUCCAUCCUGCCCACCCUAAACGCGAGCAGGGGAGCUAUGGCGACGAUGGCUCCGGUCGCGAUGCUCGCGAACAGAGGUACGCAGAGCUCCUGGGGGCCUGGCGGAUUGAAUGCCAGCGGCGCCAGCGGCAGAGCGCCGCGAUUGGGAUUGGCAUUGGGAUUUGGCAGCGAUGGCGCAGCAAUUGCGAGGUUCUCUCGGCUCCGGACGCGAGUGGCGGCGGCGGACCUGGAUAAGCUCGUGGAUGAGGUGAAGAAUCUGACGCUGGAGCAGGCGCGGCAGCUAGUGGAGCGGCUGGAGACCGAGCUCGGGGUGAGCGCCGCCACGUUCGCAGCGCCGGUGGCGAUGGCGGGCGGCGCCGCGCCGGCGGAGGCUGCCCCCGUGGUGGAGGAGAAGACCGAGUUCGAUCUCCUGAUCGACGAGGUGCCCAGCAACGCCAGGAUUGCCGUGAUCAAGGCGAUUCGCGCCAUCACCAACUUGGGUCUCAAGGAGGCCAAGGAUCUCAUCGAGGGUCUGCCCAAGAAGAUCAAGGAGGGCGUCGCCAAGGACGACGCCGAGGACGCACAGAAGCAACUAGAGGCUGCCGGCGCCAAAUGUAGCAUCAAGUAGAAGAGAAAGAACUCUGGUUGGAAGAAGGCAAACAAGCUCGCGUCUCGUUCGUCUGUGUAAAAUUUAAUGUGAUUAUUUCCGAGAGCUGUGAUAGCGGAGAAAGUAUCUCGUUUCUUCUUUCGCGCUCUCUCCUGUGAUUCAGGAAGGCAACACACAAAACUCCCACCGGAAAAUAUCAGGCAGUAAAAUAGUUGUGUGGA